AUGCAGCUGGAAUCCGCAGUCGGUCUGCUCGCAGGGACAUCAUGGACCACCCUCCUCUGCUACGGCGUGAACACGCUUGCUGUACUAUGGCUCCUUUCGGUGCUUUGGCAGCUUUGUAGCGACCCCCUGGCCGGCAUCCCUGGUCCCGUCUACUGUCGGUUCUCGCGCCUCCCGUACAUCUACUGGGUCUGCUCUGGCCAGCUCCCGUUCCGGGUCAAGCAGCUCCACGACCAGUAUGGCGAGGUGUUCCGGAUCGCGCCCGACGAGGUCCAGUUCAUCCAUCCGGACGCGUGGAAGGACAUCUUUGGCUUCAAGUCGCAGGGCGGAAACGAGUUCCCCAAGGACCUGCGCUUCUACCCGAUGCCGCCGGACGGGGUGCGCGACAUACUGACGGCGGACCACGCCAGCCACGGGCGCCAGCGCAGGAUGCUCUCGCACGCCUUCUCCGAGAAGACGCUGCGCGAGCAGGAGGCCAUCAUCACCUCGUACAUCGACUACAUGGUGCAGAAGCUGCGGGGCAUGGCGGCCGAGCAGGCAGGUGACGGGCACGCGCUUGCCGACAUGGUCAAGUGGUACAACUACUGCGCCUUCGACAUCAUCGGCGACCUGACGUUCGGCAAGCCCUUCUUCUGCCUGGCCGAGAGCAAGUACCACCCGUGGGUCUCGACCAUCUUCUCGAGCACAAAGGCCGGCAUCUUUGCCAACAACGCCGACUACCUGCCGGCCGUCAAGUGGCUCGUCAUCGCGGCCGUGGUGGCCCUCAAGCCGGCGCUCGUGCGCGACCGCUGGGACCGCCUCAAGUACAGCGUUGCCCGCGUUACGGAACGUCUCGAGGCCGGCACCGGCCGCCCGGACUUCAUGUCCCGCAUCAUGGGGGAGGGCGGCAAGGCGGGCGGCGGCGGCGGCGGCGGCGGCGGCCCGGACCUCUCGAGGAAGGAGCUGGACGCCAACGCGGAUCUGUUUGUCUUCGCGGGCAGCGAGACCACGUCGACCCUGCUCUCGGGCUGCACCUUCUUGGUGCUGAGCCACCCCGAGGUGCACAGGCGGCUGGUGGCCGAGAUACGUGGCCGCUUCGGCAGGCCCGAGGACAUCAGCUUCACCACGGCGCAGCAGCUGCCGUACCUCACCGCCGUCAUACAGGAGACCUUUAGGCUGUACCCGCCCAUCCCCGUGGGCCCGCCGCGCAAGGUGCCCGAGGGCGGCGGCCGGGUCUGCGGCCAUUUUUUGCCCAAGGGGACGGCCGUUGCGGUGACCCAGUACGCCGCUGGCCACUCGGCCGCAAACUUUGCGAACCCCGAGUCCUUCGUGCCGGAACGCUGGCUGCCCGACGCGGACCCACGCUUCCAAGGCGACCGUCGACGCGCCGUGCAGCCCUUUUCCAUCGGGCCGCGGAACUGCAUCGGCCAAAACCUUGCCUGGGCCGAGAUCAGGACGGCCUUGAUCAAGAUGCUGUGGAACUUUGACGCCGAGCUGGCGCCCGAGAGCGCGGGCUGGAUCAAGCAGCCCGUCUUUGGCCUGUGGGAAAAGCCGCCGCUGAUGGUUAAUCUCACGCCCCGUGAGAUUUAG